AUGGCGUUCCGCGGCGAGCGAUUUGUGCUGGAUCUCGACGAUGACGAGGAACAGUCCGGCCCCGUCAUUGAUCCUCAGGAUCCCUCUUCCUUCUCCAUCCCCGGGAUGAUCGGCGAGAUCCGCGAACGCUCGCCGACCGUUGCCCCCGCGCCUCCAAAGCCUCCCACCUCCGGAUUUCCUGCGCACCGUCGUCGCGCCAAACCGUCGGCUUUCAAGCAGCGGCGAGAAGCUGCUUCCACAGCCCCGCAACCGUCCGCAUCGACGUCCGGACCCGUUGAUGAGAGGACGGAAAUCGGACAAGAGAACAGCCGCCACCUAGCAGCCAUGUCGGAGGAUCAAAUCCAAGCCGAGCGGGAGGAACUGAUGGAAACGAUGGACACCUCCCUCCUGGAGAGGUUCCUCCGCAGAGCUCGCAUUGACUCCCCGGAAGAACAACCUUCUGCUCCUCGGCCCCGUCCUGCUGCAGCAUCGCCGCCGCAGACGACCAAAGAAACCACACCCCCUCGAGAAGACACUGGCCCCAAACCCACCCCCAAACCCACCUCCAACACCGAGUCAGAUUCGCGCGGCCAACAAAACAAAUCAACUGCCUCAUUAGAUGACCGAGGCCCAACGCACAUCCCUGAAGACAUGCACCCAGCAUCCGAGUUCCCAACCGACGGGGCCGUCCAUUUCCCAACUCCGCCAAACCAGUCGUCCAACAUGCCCAAUCUCGACCCAUCAUCACCCUCCUUCCUCUCCGACCUGCAAACCCACUACUUCCCCAACAUCUCACACGACCCGUCCGUUCUAUCCUGGCUUAAGACACCCUCCGCCGAAGCCGACGCUCCCGACGCCAACUCGGCAUACCACCCCGCCAGCGACGCCCAAGCCGUCCACCCUGCAAACCUGCGUUUCUCUCUACGCGGCACCGUUCUUUCCCCUAGCACCUCGCUCGCUCUGCCCACUACCCUGGGCCUCCACCACCACGGCAACGACCCCCACGCAGCCGGGUACACGAUCCCAGAACUCGCCAUCCUCAGCCGUUCCUCGUUCCCUGCGCAACGAUGCAUCGCAUGGCAAGUGCUCGGCCGGAUCCUGUUCCGUCUCGGAAAAGGCGAGCUCGGAGAACGCGGCAGCACGCUGGUCGAGGGACUAUGGGCCGUCAUUGAGAAAGAGCGUGUCGUUCCCGGUAUGCUGGCCGAGGCAGACGGCGCUUCAUCAGCUGGUACGAAGCGUGCAGGCAAGGAGCAAAAGCAAGACCAGGGUCCGUCUGGAGUUAAUAGCGGUAUCGGUCGUCAUGCAAGUGCGACUGCCUGGGCCGUCGAGGGAGUCUGGCUCUGGCAGUCUGGGGGUGGUGGAGAUCGAGGCAUUCUGAAGGAGGGAGAGCUUCGAUCGCAGUAG